AUGGAUUUCGUCGGAGAAUCGAACGAAUCGAUCAAGAAUGUAACGAAAUUGAAUGGCGGCAGAAACGAAACUGGAAGAGGAAGGAUUGAGAAGUCUACUCUCCUGAAACUCGACCAGCAAAAUCUGGAGUCCGAUCCAUGCCUAGUAAUAUCCCCUGCCUCUAGCAAAACAGGGCAUAGGAAAUCGGCCAAGCGGAAUCGGACGCAGUGUUGUCUGUCCCAGUCCGGCGGUGGAAAAUCUUGCCGGAAUCGCUCCGUUAACCAUGUCGCCAUCCACUGCUCUUUCUCUUAG